AUGUCGUCCACAAAACCUGCAGCUGUUUGCCCGAAAUCUGACAAGUUUGACACUAUCCCUACUGACUCUGAGCGGCUUCUCCGUUUUGCGCCUCUUGUGGGACGACGACUGCCGCCUGUCUCUCCCGCCGAGAAACCUCCCAAUCCCACCCCUUCCCCACGGAACAUGCUGGUCGGCAGAGUCGCUCCGAUCCAACCCCCACACGUCAAGCACGGUAACGAAGUCGUCAGUAUCGUCGUCGGAAACCAGCAGCAAGAAUUCACCAUCCACAAGAACCCGAUCUGCGCGGCCUCGGCAUUCUUCCAAACCGCGCUCACCAGCAACUUCAUCGAAGGUGCCGCGCAAAAGGUCACCCUCCCAGAAGAAGACCCUCAGUUUUCCCAGUUAGUGUACAAUUGGUUGUACUCGGGUCGAGUCGCCGACGGGGUCACAACCUACCUGAGGAAAGAAGAUGUCUGUUCGGGAGAUAUCUUCUGGUGGAAAGUCUACCAGAUGGGUGACCGGCUUAUGAUGGAUCGGCUACGCGUCCUUGCCAUCGCCAAGAUCCAAAACUUCUUUACCGAAAGGAAGGCAUUCGUUCCUAGCAAGCAAUUCAUCGAGGAGCUCUUCGAUUUCGCCAAGUUGCCUUUGCUGGAGACCUACAUGGUCCAACAUGUGGUGUUUUGGCUGCAUAAGUCCGCGGAUGCUACGGUGUGGGGUGAACUUGCCGACGCGCAUAUGAGGUUCGGCCAGGCUCUAGCGAAACAGUCAAUCAUGGCUCUGAAUUCUGAGGACGUCCAUCCGCACGAAGGCAAUGCAGCCCACGGCUUGUUUUGCUCUCUGUCGCCGUGGGAGACGGUGGGGAUCAGUGUGCCGCCAGAGGAGCACAACCGUGGUGGCAAUGAAGUCCGAGCCAAACACAUGCGUGAGUACACCCUGGCAUGCAACACCAGAUGGGCUAGCACUCACACGAACGCAGAACGAGCUGAAGUGAUCGAUCCGGAAGACGACGGUGUGUCGGAAGAUGUGGACGAAAAGCAGGUCACGGUAGGGCAAGCCCCAGAAUACCGGAUGCUUUCCUAA